AUGUCAGAGAAGCGUCGAUCUCUCUCUUUGCAAACCUCACAUACACGACAGCGACUGCCGACGCUGGCCGAAGUGCUAGCCCGUCGCACUCUGCCUCCCGUCGACCUUUACUGCUUCUACCUCUACCUGCAGCGCGAAGCAGCCGAAGAUGCGCUUGACUUUUGGCUCGACGUCCAGCAGCACGAGAACCUGUGCAGGGCCUACUUCAAGGACUUGCGCAAGUCGGGCAAAUCUGUCAAGGAGGAUUGGCCACAGUACUACGCCGAGGCUCUCGAGCGAGGCAGCAUCUACAACAAGAUCAACGGCAUCCACGAGCACAUCAGCACCGCCAGAAGGGGAGCUGAAACCAGCUGGGACCACCAAAGCCGCGUUGACAGUCCUGAUGGUAACUACUCGACCUUCUCACAUGCGCCCAGCGCCCUUACUCCCGCUGCUGCCGCCUCUGGUAUGGCUGGAUCCUCGGGCGCGCCGUUGUCGGCACCUCGUUUCCCAGGUGAUCCCGACUAUCUGGCUCAGCAGACACGCGCGGAGAGGAAGAACAUCCUCGCAAAGCGCGGCUCUGUCGCCCCCACUGUCAUCUCGCGCUCGGCCGCUAUCACCCGCACCGAUCUGAUCGCAUCCGCAGAACGCAUCUACGCAAGAUAUCUCUUGCCAGGCUCGGAAAAGGAGAUCUACUUACCCGGCCCGCUCCGCAUCAACUCUUUCCCAAUCUCGUCUUCCGCUCUGCCGCACCCGCAAGAUGCGGAACAGCAGCGAGCUCUGGCGCGCAUCCCGGACAUGUUUCACGCACAGAAGGAGUACGUCUUCCGCACCAUGGAGGCCGACGUCUUCCCGCGAUUCCUGCGAGCGAAAGCGUUUGGCAACCUCACACCCAUUUCGGUCCUCGUGCGCCUUUCUCUCGGUCUGCUGGCAUUGUGGGCCGCACUCGCGACCGCAUUCAGCUUCAUCUUCUUGGACGUCAACCGUGCCAAGCGAUGCUGGGUCAUCCUGCCUUUCAGUAUAGCCGUGCUAUUGUUGAUGUCGCACCAGUACGAGCUGGACCCUAUCUUGGUCUUGCUUUCCCAGAGCGAGACCACGCCGUUCAGGCUGAUCCGCAUACGCGAGCCGUAUGUGCACAGGUUACUGCUGCAGAGAUCGCUCAGUGUUUUGUUGCUGAUUGCGCUGAUUACUGCCGCACUUACUGUGUUGUUUGUGUUUGUGCCUGGACACAGGUUGUAG